UCUCAAACUAAUACUUGGGAUUCUCAAGCUGCUAACAGGUCACAAACCGAAAGAAAUGCAUCCUGGGGAGCUAAAUCCGACAAGUCCCAAACCGGUUCAUUUGGUUUUCAAGCCCCCGGCAAGACUCAAAAUGAAAUGAAUCCACCCUGGAGUUCACAAUCUUCGGAAGAGCCACGUGGAAGAAGUAAUCAACCUAGAGAGAUUACUAAUGGGUCAAAGAGUAAUAGUGGGUGGGUUCCAAAUCCAGAGAACAAUACCAAUUUAAAUCAACCUAAUAAUACUUCGAAAUCGGAGCUAAAUAGUGAAGCUUGGUGGUGA